AAAGCCAUGUCAAACAGAAAUGUGGGAAUGUCCUCUUAAUUUGUCCAUACCCUCAUAUAACAUAUUUUUGGGACAAAAUUCCCCCUUUCUCACUUUUGAGUCAGUGAAAAGCAAGGUUCAGUUUUAAAAUUCAUCCUGUAGGUACAAGUUAGAAACUUUGUAUAGCUUUAUUAUCUAUUUACAUGUUUUGGGAUUUGGUACUACUGUCUUUUUUUUUAAGUUAACCCCAAAUGAAGCUACAGUGAAAGGGUGAAACUCUCGAUCCCUCCUGAUCUGGUUGCAGCUAUUUGUGGUCUUCCUCUAAACGUGGUUAGGAUCCAGGAGCUUUUAUCUCUUCCACGCUUAACAUUAUUAGACUACGCUCUCUGGGUAGAAGAGUGACACUGUGAUACAUUUAAGGAAGCAGAAUAUCCUUAUCAGUGUUUCUCAAAUUGAGAAAUGCAUAAGUCCAUUAACACUUAUAACUUCAGGGGUAUUUUUAUUAUACUAUUCCUGAAAUGUGUACAAACAUAAAACUAUGUUUUACAUAGUUUACACCUUCUAUAGAACUAUAAUAUACACUAUGAACUGAUGAUUGUUUUGCUGAAUCUAAGUCACUGCUCAUGACAUGGGUAGUGUUGGGACUGUAGCAAUGAUAGGAUGUGGGUGGGGAUGCUUGUGCAUUGGGAAGUGAUCCCAGUCUCUCCCACCUUCACCUUAGCAAGACUGAUGCAGAGCCACUGUGCCUGCAGAGUACUGUGAUGUUACGUGGCCUUUGCUAGAAGUGAAUACAGUUAUGAGGUCUGUUCUUUGCUUAUUAGUUUAUGACACUUAAGGAAUUACCACUUGGGAGUCAAUGCAGUGAAGCAAUACGUGGUAAGAAGGUGCUGAUGCUGUUUUGUUUUUUUAAGAUUAUGGCUGAAACCAAAAUAUUUAGGCACUGUCAGCACUCAGACUGACAGAAACACUGUCCUGAUAGGUAAGAGUGUGAGACCCACUCGGGGCCCCAGCUGCACCAGCUGUGCUUCUGGGACACAGAGCUGGCCGGUGGAAUCUCUGAAUGUCCCAUUUCCUCAUCUCUAAGGCAGUAGGUAAUGGUAUCUCCCUCCCAGGGCUGUUGUGAGAACAUAUAGGAAGCAAGUAAAUCACUUAGCUCAAUGCCAGCCAUGAAGUCAGUGGUUGUUCAAUGAGCCUUUUCCCUGCUGAAGAAGUCAUAAAUAAAGGAGGAAAGAUUGAAGGUUUGAACAAUAUAAAUACUCUUUAAGUUGGUUUUUCGAUAGCUUUAGAAGAACAGAUCAGGGGGAAAGUAGAACGAGAAUGAUCAGUGGAGAAGUUUGACCACUGCCUCUUGCUCACUUUAUUUGUCCAUUAAAAUUUUUGCACACACUUCUAUGCUAUGCUUUUUGCUAAGAUCUAGCACUGGGCAGAAAAUAUUCUGUUGAAAGAGGUUUGCCCCACAUAUCUUACUGAAGCAGCAAUAGGUAUCACCUAGCAAUUUGAUACGAACAGGAGAAACAAAUCUCUCCAGGCAAACUGUCCGUAUAUUCAGAUGGUUGUAAAUAAACUUGGCCAAUGUUUAUUCCUAAGAACUGAAAAAUGAUAACCUAAAGGAAGGACAGAAAUACCUCUUCUGAAGUAGAUUCUGUCUAGCACCCAUGAAGUAGGUUUGGUAAGCCACUGAGUUUUUGAGGUAAAAACAAAAACUUCCUGUGAGCCAAGCAUGGGGAUAUAUCAUGCCAGUUCUAUUAUGGAAUAUCCAUGUGUGACCCUGAAACUGGCCUAAGUGUGACUUGUAAGUUAAUGAUUACCCUAGCAGUUGUCUAAACUACUUGGUUUCACUAGACUGCAAGCACUUCACCUGCAGAGGAGUCUCCAGAAAGCAGCAUGUUCCCUUUGCUCUUUGGGGCUGGACUGGUGGUUCUGAACCUAGUGACUUCUGCUAGGAGCCAGGAACCCCUUAGUGGCUCUGGGGACCAGCUGCUCUUCCAUGGAGCAGAUCGAUCUGACUUUGCCAUCAUGAUCCCUCCAGCAGGCAUAGAAUGCUUCUGGCAAUUUGCCCGCCAGACUGGAUACUUCUAUUUCAGUUACGAGGUGCAACGGACACUGGGAAUGUCACAUGACCGACAUGUUGCUGCCACUGCACAUACCCCACAGGGUUUCCUCAUAGACUCCUCUCAGAAUGUUCGAGGCCAGAUAAACUUCUCUAUCAAAGAGACAGGUUUUUAUCAGCUUUGUCUAAAAAAUCAGCAAAAUCACUUUGGUUCUGUGCAAGUGUACCUCAAUUUUGGAGUCUUCUAUGAGGGGCCGGAGAUGGACCACAAACAGAAGAAUGAAAGAAAACAACUGAAUGAUACUCUGGAUGCAAUUGAGGAGAGUACACAGAAGGUGCAAAACAAUAUCUUUCACAUGUGGAGAUACUACAACUUUGCACGCAUGAGGAAAACGGCUGACUUUUUCCUUCUCCAAUCAAAUCAUAACUAUGUGAACUGGUGGUCGACAGCUCAAAGCCUCGUUAUUGUUCUUUCUGGAAUCCUGCAGCUUUAUUUCUUAAAGCGUCUCUUCAAUGUCCCGAAGACUACAGACACAAAAAAGCCAAGAUGCUAAGCCAAAAUGACUACAGCACCUUAACUCUUUUCUUCUGGGGCAGACGCUUUGUCAAAGUUUCAGUCAAAUAAGCUUUGUAAAGUUACUGGAAAAAAUCAAUUUAUCUUGUUAGAACAUCUUAGUCUACUGCUCUCCUUUCCUCUCCAAUUGCCUCAAAAUGGCAAUAAAAUAAUAAAUGUGCAAGUUUUGAUAUUAACUAUGAGUGUGUACUAAAUGCUA